AUGACUGGUCUUUCGGAGAUCCCUACGCCCUCCCACUGCAUUGCGGAUGUCUGCAUGAUUCCUAUCGGAACAUCCUCGCCUUCUGUUUCCCAGGAGGUAGCCGAAGUACAGUGUCUGAUCGAGAAAUCCGGGCUGACAUUCCAUAUGCACUCUGCUGGUACUACGAUCGAGGGUCCAUGGGACAAAGUCCUGACAUUAAUCGGCCAGGCGCAUACAGUGUUGCACGAUAAGGGCUUAAUGCGGGUCCAUUCUGAUAUCCGUGUUGGAUCGAGAACUGACAAGAAGGAGACAAUGGAGGGCAAAGUUGCUUCAGUUCAGAGGGUACUUGCUAAGAACAAGUAA